GGCCUGUUAUCGUAUUGCUGGUUCUGUCACUGAGUCAUGUCAAGUAAGAUACUGUUUCGCUGUGCCGAACAUUUAGUGCCACACCAACCUCGGAAGGAAAAAGUUGAAACUUGAUGGGGAACACUAAGCUCACGUGGGCUGUUUCAGCCCUGCUGUUGCAGGCAGUGACGACCGCCCAGAUUAUGCCAUUUCUCACAGGCGGCACUGCAGCUGGCUUGGGACAGUUUCCUGCACACGUUGGCAUUAACAUCUCCCCAACUGUAUUCUGCGGCGGAACCAUCCUCAACAACAACCAUAUCCUAACAUCCGGCAGUUGUGUGCUGGAUAGUGGAAACAACUUAACCGCCGCUAGUCAGCUGAACGUUCGAUCUGGUGUAGUUACAAUCGAUGCAAGCACGCCAGCUGUACUAGUGGAUCGGAUCUUCGUCCACCCGCACUACAAUCCGUUUACAUUUGAAAACGACAUCGCCAUUGUUCGAACCACCACUCCUUUCACAUUUCCGGCGACCGCAGAGCCUAACGUUGCUGCCGCUGAGUUGAACGGCAGAAUCGCCGCAGAAUACUCAGGAUGCACGGUCACCGGUUGGAAUUGGCAGACCGGAGUCGCCACUAUGGCACUGCAAUGGAUGGCUGUAACGGUCGCACCACGGGCAGAGUGCAACAACAUGUUCAACGGAAUGGUCCAGCAGUCGAUGAUCUGUGCAAGGGGAGCAACAAACAACAAUGCCAUGUGCCUGGCGAAUCGCGGAGGAGGCUUGUACUGCGACGGGCGAUUGACGGGCAUCGCCUCGUUCGGGUUCGGCUGCGGUCAGAACGCCUCGACGACGGUGUUCACCCAGGUUCGGUACUUCGAGAGCUGGAUCCAGCAGCAGUUCACUCGCACCGACAUUCCACCGGCAGGGGUGACUCCAAUGCCCGGGAUUACUGGCGGAGCGUAUUCCAUGUUCAACCUAUCGAUGGCGGCCAUUCUGUUUGCGACAUUAAUCAUCACGAUUCUGCGAUAGCAGCUUCAAAUUCCGUAUUGAGCUAACCAUGUUCAAAAUCUUUUUUAAACCCAUAAUCUUAGAGAUAACCUGAUGAGUAAAAUGCGAUAAUAAAUGUUUAUCAGUGAUAGUGCCUCGAAAAAA